AUGGCAGUCCCGACCACUGCAUCUUCAGACCCAUUCCGCAACCAACACGCAAUGUACGAUCAACAGUAUGCCACCAUCAGCGCCAUGGUAGGCUCCGAAGACGAUGAAGCGCCAGACUGGCCAGCGCUUGCGCUGCGCCUCGAUGAAGCGCUGAGUGACCCAGCUCUACCUCGCUGGCACCGCGCCGAGUAUCAUAUAAUUCACGCAUGGUGCACACAAGAGCCUGAGCUCCAGCUUGAGCGGGCGCGCGAGUCGAUUGAGGGCAUGGUGCAGGUCUUGCAGGCCGAGGGCCUUUCGCAAGAGCAGAUCGAUGCGCGCCUCGAGCCGCUGACAUCCAUGAUGGCCACCACGCAGAGCGCUCUCGACGACAAGAACAAGGAGAAGGCAGCUCGCGAGGAGAAGGAUAAGGCCGAGCUCGCGGAGAAAUAA